ACUAGAUCCAACAUCGGGUGAACCACUUCCAAACCACGACUGGAUCGCAACCAAAAAGCCGUAAUCAAACAUGAUGCGCGUGAACUGGAUGAUGCGGUGAUGCACUGAUGGAUGGCACAGUAACUGUUUUUACUACUCCUCAUAGCCUUCAAGUUUGGGCCGUUUUUCUUACUACUUACUUGAACCUCGUUCAACAGCUGACUCUGUUUCCACCGUGCUGCGUCGCGGUGCUCUUCCAUGGCCUCCAUAUCCCUGGACAAAGCUAACUUCUUGGCCCUAGUGCUGGAGACCUUAUUAUAUGGAUCUUUCACUGUUCUAUUUAUCGCUGCCAUCUAUGUUAUCUUCCAGAAGCGAUCAGGAGUAAACGUAAAACUUCUAUCGACAGUGAUCAUCAUUUGGAUUCUAGCAACUGUGCAUCUUAUUCUGGACAUCAUUCGCGCCAUCGAGGCAUUUGUUGAGCUGGAGAGCGGAGGCGCGCUGCAAUACUACUCGGAUUUAUCAAACCCUUUGCAAGCUGCCAAAACAGCAAUAUAUGUCAUUUUGACCCUCGUCGGAGACGGAUUCGUGAUUUAUCGUUGCUUCAUUGUAUGGAAUCGUAGAUGGUACAUUGUACCUGGGCCUGUUUUACUUCUGUGCGGGACAGGCGUGGGAGGUUUUGGUGCUACUGUUGCCUUUUCCCAUGCUGCACCUGGGGCAGAAGUGUUCUUACCAAAUAUUGUUCCCUGGAUCACUAGUUUCAUCUCGAUGACUCUAUGCACCAAUAUUGUCUGCACUUCCCUCAUCGCCUAUCGAAUUCUUAGCAUUCAACGAGCCGUUCGCGAUGUCAUUCAAGUAAAUCUCGCUCGUUCUGCUCUCAUGAUGGUCGUCGAGUCAGCCGCUGUAUAUUCGGCCUCCGUGCUUUCAUUAAUGAUCACCUAUACGCUUGGUUCAAAUGCUCAGUACACAGUCCUAGAUUUGACCUCACCCUUAAUUGGAAUCACAUUCACAAUAAUUAUCCUUCGUGUCAGUCUCGGCAUCAGCUCUCGAGAAUUGACGGCGUUGUCGCAAACGGGGCAUGACCGCAGCGGACCGCAGAGUUUCUCUCUGAACCGCCGCACUCCUGUCGCAGUAAAUGUUAGCCAUCUCGUUGAGAUGGACUCCGGAGAUUACCCGCCACAAAGACAGGACGAUACUUCUGUGACGAAACACCCUAUGGUGUAGCGUCUUUUGCCGAGAUUUAUGUUCCUUUCAUCAUCAGCUGACGCUACGGUUCACAAUGUUUGUAUUGAAAUAAUUCACAGCUUGCUGAACCCCUUGAUUCCAUUGAUCUAUUAUGGCGAUCUAUUAUGGACACGGACACCGAGCCCUACAACGCUCUCUACCCCAAGGAAAUAGACACCGUGUGCUGGGCAUAGGGCUAGGCUUAACUCAAUCAGUUCGAUUUAUUCUUCUUAUCCCCACGCUCACCGUGCGAGCUCUUGGGUUGCAAAGCUCUAAAGCUCAGUUGAUCCGAAGUGAUCUCUGAAACACAUCGAGUGCUUUUGCAGUUAACUUCUCACGGUUAUGCUCCCCUUAGGGACCCCGUUGUUGACUUAUUUAAUGUCGUAACAUGCGCAAUCUCAUCCGACGCAUGAACAGUUCGAUGAAA